AUGCUGAAAGUAAACUCCGAUUUAAUUUCUGCAGUUUGUGGAGGCGACCUAGAAACAUCGAGGCAGAUGAUCGAUUCUUUUGGGCUGUCAUACUCACCAUCAUGGGCGAACGGAUAUGUUUUGCUUGUGCAUGCUCUCAAGAAUAACCAUGCAGCAGUUGCCAAACUACUUUUAACGAAAGGUGCUAAAGUAAACAGCAGGAAUAGUGAAAUAUUCCCUACCGAUACUCCUCUUCAUCUUGCUGUUAUGAAUGGCAACAUUGUAAUCGUUGAAAUGAUUCUAAACAAUAAAGGUGUCAAGAUUAAUGCUAAAAAUUCAUUUGAUGAAACUCCACUUUACCAUGCGAUUGAAAAAAGAAAAAUGAAAAUUACUGAAUUACUCAUAAAACAUGGACCGAUGUCAAUUAUACUUCUUCAAAAUGAAGUUGUUACGUCGCUUUUAAGUAGAGGUGCUACUGUUGAUGCUAAAGGAAAAGAUAAUAUAACCCCUCUUCAUGUUGCUGCUCAAAAAUGGAAAGAUUUUGAUAUACAUAUUGCCAAAGAUCUUCUAAACCACGGUGCUUCUAUUCAUUCAUUAACAUUGGAAGGAUAUACUCCACUUCAUUUUGCUUCUGAACGAGAUAAUGCAGAAGUUGUGAAAUUAUUCUUGGAUCUGGGUGCUGAUAUUAAUGCUAGCACAAAGGAUAAUUUAACCCCACUCCAUGUUGCUAUUCGAAACCAAAGUUUAACAGUUGUAAAACUGCUCUUAGAAUGUGGCGCUAAAGUUGAUAAUCAGGACACUGACAAAUCCAUACUAAACCUUGCUGUUGAAAAAGGAUCUUUGUUGAUUGUUAGAGAGGUCCUAAAGUAUUGUCCUGAUAUUAAUAAUGCAAAUAACAAAAACUCUCUUGAAAUCGCGGUGCGAGAAAAAGGGUAUGGACAAAUUGUUGAGGCUCUCCUAGAAUAUGGUUUUACUAUACAUACUAAUAAUCCAGAACUUUUACAUGCUGCUAUUGAAAAAGGAUAUUUGAAAGUCGUUGAAGACAUAUUGAAGUAUGUAACUGAGGUUAAUAUGUUACACAAUUCAACUAAAGAAGGUUUAACACCUUUACAUAAUGCAGCCAAAAAUGAACAGGGAGAAAUAGCUAAAUUGUUGAUUAGCUACGGAGCUGAUAUAAAUGCUCAAGAUAAAAGUGGAAAAACGCCAAUAUUUUAUGCCAUUAAAAAUGGCGAUUUAAAAAUUUUCAAGCUACUUUUAACUAAUGGAGCUAUUGUUAAAGAUCAUCCUGAGCUAUUGAAUGUUGCUGUUGAGAAGGAAUACAGAGAAAUCGUCGAAACUCUACUGCAACAUGAUGCUGAUAUCAAUGCUUAUGAUGACUACGGAAGAACAGCAUUGCAUUUUACUGCUUUAACUUUUAGACAUGAUUUUAGUUCUCAAUUUAUUGAUAAUUUUUUAGACAAUAAUUUUAAUUUCGAUAAUAGAAAUCUUGAUGAUAAUAUUAAGGGAGAAAUCGCCAAGCUGCUUCUAAGUAAAGGCGCAAAUGUAGACGUUCAAACUAAACAUGGUGUAACAACACUUCUUGCGUCUACUCUUAAAGGAUAUGCAAAAGUUGUUGAAGCUCUUUUGGAAUACAAUGCAAAUGUUAACUUGGCCCUGGAAAGUGGUAUCACGCCACUACAUAUUUCUGCUCAGAAGGGAAAUCGAGAUAUUAUCACAAUGCUUUUGAAUAAGGGAGCCAAUGUUAAUGCUAGAGAAAAAAAUGGAUCCACUGCACUCCACAUCGCUUCUCGAGCAGGAAAAGAAGAUAUUGCUGAAAUUCUUCUGGAGUUUGGCUCUGAUAUUAAUAUCACAAGUAGAUAUGGAUUUACACCUCUUGAUUCUGCUAGGCAAGGGGCACAUUUUUUCCAUAAUCGAUUUACAAGCAUUUAUGGUUACCACUGUGACACUUAUCAGACAUGGGAACAACCGGAUCCUGGUGAUUCGUGUGAUGCAAUUGCUGAACUUCUUCAAAUACACAUAAUUAAAAUGAAAAUCGCAAAUUUAUAUUUAAGUGAACGAAAUUUAGAACCGAUAUGGUGCAAUAAUGAAUUACCACCGUCUUUUUGGGAUGAUUGUGGAGCAGAAAUAGUAAGCAUGAAAAGUGAGAAGAUGGAUAAUGCUAACAUUUCAUUUUAUGACAUUUUGGCAAAAAGUACAAACUCAUUAGCAAUAUACAUGAGGAAUGAAGUUAUAGUUCAGGUUUUGAAAUCAGAGGACUACAACACAAAAUUCCCAAUAUACGCAAGCAUGAUAAAAAGUCAUUUUAGGAAAGGUGUGGCAAGGAAAGAGUUAAUAGAACAAGGCAAUAAAAUUUUGCAUUUUCUCUUCAAGAACCUUCCUGAGCUACCACAUGACUGUAUUGAAAAAAUAUUAACUUACCUGAGUGGCGAGGACUUGAUAACUUUAAGGGACGCUUAUUGA